AUGCCGGAAGAGGUGGCUUCCACAUCGUCCUCAACCGGAGCUUCAAAGGAGGCUGAGGGUAAAAAGAAAAACCUUCCGUGGAUUGAGAAAUACCGACCGCAGCGCUUUGAGGAAAUUGUUGGCAAUGAGGAAACGGUCGCUCGGUUGGGAAUAUUUGCUACACAGGGAAAUGCUCCGAAUAUUAUAAUAGCGGGUCCUCCGGGAGUGGGAAAGACGACAACUAUCCUGUGCCUGGCACGCAUUCUACUCGGGGCCAAUUUUCGUGAAGCCAUCCUCGAGCUCAAUGCCUCCAAUGAGCGUGGUAUCGACGUGGUACGGGGCAAGAUUAAAAUGUUUGCCCAACAGAAGGUAACGCUGCCCCGUGGGCGGCAUAAGAUCGUUAUUCUGGACGAAGCGGACAGUAUGACGGAAGGUGCCCAACAGGCCCUCCGGCGAACGAUGGAGAUCUACAGCAACACAACACGUUUCGCGUUGGCUUGUAAUACGAGCGAAAAAAUUAUCGAACCGAUCCAAUCCCGCUGUGCCAUGCUUCGGUUCUCGAAGCUUUCGGAUGCACAGGUUCUAGCCAAAGUGGUAGAAAUCUGUCAGCGGGAAACGCUAAGCUACGAUGAGGACGGGCUAGAAGCGAUCGUUUUUACUGCACAGGGCGACAUGCGGCAAGCGCUCAACAAUCUGCAGUCAACGGCGAAUGGGUUCGGGCACAUAAGCGGCGCGAACGUGUUCAAGGUGUGCGAUGAACCGCAUCCACUGCUCGUGCAGGAUAUGCUGCAGCAUUGCAUCAAGGGUGACAUCCACAAGGCUUACAAGAUCAUGAACAAGCUGUGGCGAUUGGGCUAUGCGGCGGAGGACAUUAUUGGCAAUGUGUUUCGCGUUUGCCGGCGUAUGGACAUGAAUGAGAAACUGAAGCUGUACUUCAUCAGGGAGAUUGGCGAAACUCAUAUGAAGAUUGUGGAUGGACUUAACUCGCUGUUGCAAAUGUCCGGGUUGUUGGCUCGUAUGUGUGAAGCUUCCUAUGAACAUUCCUAG